CCAGCCUCUCUCUCCAUAUCCAUCCAUCCAUCGGUUCUCUUGUCUCGUUUUGACUCUCUCGCUGUCGACGAUUUAUUCCGGAUGAUCUCUCCUCUCCAAUCGAGUGCGAUGCGGGAAGACGAACAUCCCGCUCAUCGUACACCUCUCGAUAUCAUCCGCAAUAGCACAACUAUCGGACCGCAAUCGUUCAUCCAGUUCUCCAACCAGCCGGACCUUCUCUUUUAUCGUUCCGCCGAAGACAAAAGGGAAGAUAGUAGAAAAAUGUUUUGUUACCACUAUCCGCCGGCCAAUCUUCAUCCGUCAAUCGCCAGCCGUUUGCAAUCAGCGCUGGAUAUGCCCGGAUCAUUCGGCGUCGGACCUGCAUCGCUAACCUACUCACCGUAUCCGUAUUCAUCGGAACUCCACGACGAGUCGUUUGCCCGUCGCAAGCAACGCCGCAAUCGCACCACAUUCACCCUACAACAGUUGGAAGAAUUGGAGAAUGCUUUCGCACAGACUCAUUAUCCAGACGUCUUUACACGCGAGGAUUUAGCCAUGAAAAUCAAUUUGACCGAAGCUCGGGUACAGGUUUGGUUCCAGAAUCGACGAGCCAAAUGGCGCAAGACGGAGCGGAUGAAGGAUGAGCAAAAGAGACGCGAAGAAGAAGAAGAGCGUGUUACUGAUCGUCAACCUAAUGAACAGGAUGCGAAUGAAGGCGAAGGAAGAGACACCAGUCCGGAUGUGGAACAGCUAGAAUGCGAGUCGGGAUGUGGUAGCCCAUCGAAUCAAGUCAACAUCGACGUCGACGAUGAUAGUCAGACGGCCAUUAGCUUGGCACCUGUGGUAGAAAUCAAAGUGGACGAUGAUCGUUCAGACGAACGGAGUCACAGCAGCAACAGCGCUGGAAGCAUCCGCCACAGCAACCGUCGUGACACCAAUGGUACUCCAACGCCAGCAAUUAAUCGAGAAGAAGUGUAUUCCGUCAGCCCGUCUGCUGGAACGUCUGCCGAAUCCAAACAAACUUUUCAUCCGCCAUCCAGCAAUCCAGCAGUGACAACCGAAUCGGCUAAAUUACCAGCCAGUGGUAGUUUGUUAGGAAAUGGCAGUGCCAACAACUCAAACAGUUUCCCAUUCGGCUCUUCUUACGGAUCGCAUCUUUUUCCACUUCCGCACAGUGGAUUGCGGUCCCUACUGGAUCAUCAUCAUCAUCAGGGUCCCCUGGGUGGACCACCGAGGUCCUUCCCGUCAGCGUACCCGAGAUCUUUCCCCAUCGGGCAUGGGCAUCACCAUCACCAGCUGGGACCGUCCGCCCCUGCGGCGGCAGCAGCAGCCGCUGCAGCAGCCUCUUCGCUUUUCCCGUCUCCCCUUCAUGGUUUCUCUGGUUUGUGCCCGUGUUGCCCGGUAAAACCGAGACCUAUCGGUGCUCUCAAUUUGCCUGGACUAUUUCCUUCGACUGGAUUAUUUGGCAAUCUCAACGGGAUGGAACGCGGUAUUGGGUCGACAGUCGGCGGAUUCGCUAGUGCCGGCAGUUCCGGAUCAGGUGUUUCCGCACAGAAUAGUGGAUUCCAUUUGGAGACAGCCACGCCCGGAAGCGUAGAAGAAUUAAGGCGCAAAGCCCAAGAGCAUUCGGCUGCUUUACUUCACAGUCUUCAACAACACGCCAUGGAAUUUCAUCUUCAACAACAGCAACAGCAACAACAGCGGAAGAACAAGGAGGCAGCCGAAUCGGAAACCAACAGUCAAUCCGAUUAAACAUUUUUGUUGUUUUUGAACUGAAAGUUAGUCAUUCAUUGGCUAAAUCCUAUCCCAAGUGGGCGAAAGAAAUUUUUAAUUCAUUCAAUAAAUUAUUAAUUUAUGCUUUUUUUUUUUUUUCUCCCCAACUGCUUUGAUUCUUCCAUCAAAUGUUGUCCGUUAUUUCCUAGUCACAUUACAACAGCUGAACGUUCUCUAUUUGGCCCCUCCUGCUCGAAACAAAAACAUUAAAAAAAAAAAUUAUCUAUGUUUUAGC